UAUGAUCGCAAUUCUACUUUCCAUCAAAACAGCAGCACACAACACAGCAUAACUAUUCAGUUUACAAACAUAAAUCGUCUUAUAAUUGUCAUACUGGUCAUUUUUUCGUGAGGGAGUGGUCAUUUAGUAAGUUGGGGCGUCUUCACGAACACAUGAUAGAUAGACUUUGGAGACCAUAAAUAAGCAAGAGUUUGAGAAGAUUUGCAUACACUUCUGUACUACUCAAUAGUGGUGGUGUCAUUGAGCUGUGCGUGGUCUUCUAUCUUUUGCAGUACCAACAGCAACAUAAUUUGUACGGACGGAUGUAGCAUCGUGUGUAUUAUCCAGUAAAAUUGUCCAAGAUCAAGUUUGUGUGCCGUAUUCAAGUCCAUCAUCAUCAUCAUCACUGCAAGCUACUCCUGGAACUGUAUUAAUUCUACUUGCCAUUAUCUCUGCUCCACAUAUUUACAACACUUACUCAGCUUUAUUUCACCAACUAACUACCAUUACGGACUGCAUAAAAGUUCCACACGCUACAUUAAAGGCAGAAGAAUAAAUUGUGCUUACGGGAGACUCCCCUUUCCAUCGUCCUCACAUCAAAGUCUGAUUUCUACACACACAUGCUGUAAUAAUCCAAGUGUUUCUUUUAAUGACUCACACACAUUGCAAAAGUGACAAUUUAGCAAUGCUUUUCAAGUUAUCUUAAAGUGGGUGCAGCAAUUAAGAAAAUUAUAUUGUGCCUGAAAGUGUUUUAACCUGCGAAAUAAUUUACAAAACUACAAUUCUUACUCGUGUGUCUGGGACACUAAAUUUUACAUUUUAUUUAUUCAAAUAUACAAUCAAGAACUCAGUGCAAGAUGUCGAGCGGACCAUACAACUACUCGUAUAUUUUUAAGUAUAUUAUAAUCGGUGAUAUGGGUGUCGGCAAAAGUUGCCUUUUACAUCAGUUUACUGAGAAAAAAUUCAUGGCAGAUUGCCCGCAUACAAUUGGCGUCGAGUUCGGAACACGCAUCAUUGAAGUAUCGGGACAAAAGAUUAAGCUACAGAUUUGGGACACAGCGGGACAGGAGCGUUUUCGUGCAGUGACGAGGUCGUACUAUCGUGGGGCGGCUGGAGCCUUGAUCAUUUACGAUAUCACCCGACGAAGCACAUACAAUCACCUUUCGUCAUGGUUGACAGACGCAAGAAACCUCACUAAUCCCAAUACUGUGAUCUUCCUCAUCGGAAACAAAUCCGACUUAGACGCUCAGCGAGAUGUAACAUACGAUGAAGCCAAGAAAUUUGCUGAUGAAAAUGGAUUAAAAUUUGUUGAAGCCUCUGCUAAAACUGGCGAGAACGUCGAGGAGGCAUUCUUAGAAACGGCAAAGAAAAUUUAUGAAAGUAUCCAAGAUGGCAGUUUGGAUUUGAACGCUGCUGAGUCUGGUGUACAGAAAAAGCCCACGGCGAACGGAGCCCGAACAUUAAGCAGCGAAAAUGCUGAGGGUAGAAACCCGUCAUCGUGCUCUUGUUAAUAUAAUAGACUUUCGUUCGGAUAUUCAAUCGUACAAGUAGAGACCUGGACGUGAAAUUGUUUUCUAACUUACUUUACGACCUUCAAUUAAGUAAUCAAUUUUGUUAUUCAUUUAAUUAAUAGAACAGUUACAUAGUGCCCGCCCGACAUCACAUGAAAACGCAUUGGAAUUAUGCAAUGCUCGAUAUCUCGUUUGACCUAGUUUUUAAAAAAUAAGUGAAAGGGUUAUUUAAAUUAUACGUAAUUAUGCCUCUUAAAGUUUUCUAAACUACGGUAACAUAUAACAUAAACUUUCGAAGUAUCUUGUCUCAAUAACACAUUGGUAAAAACUUAUUGUUAUACAUUUACUGCUACAUACUUCACGAUGAAAAUUAUUUUUAAAAAGUUCUCUACCAUUUUGAUUGAUCAUAUACAUAUAUAAAAACAUACAACUUGAAAGUAAACCUAUAUAAAAUGCAAAUAGCAUACCUAUAUAAUAUUAUGGUAUUACGUUAUUGACCGGUAUAUGUAGGUAGAUAGUUAUUGGUCAUGGUUUCGUUAAAGGUGCAUGUGUGCUUGUUUUCAGGUAAGAUUUUGGGCGCUUGUUGGUGAUGUUUUAUCAUGUUCUAAUCAAAAAUAUCGUUUUCAGUUGUUGUUUUUUUUACCGAAAUUGGAUACAUUGUUACAUGUAUUUUUCAUGUGAAAAGUACGAAAAUUUUGUAUUCUACAUGGCCUUAUUGACCACUAAAUUAUUACGAGUGCAAUCUAUUAUUUGUAAAAUCAUGGUAUGAAGCGUUCCGAUUUGAAUGCAUGAUGACAAUUCUAUGCAUGUAUUCUAUGGCCAUAAUUAUUCAGUUCAAAUCCCAUGCAUAAUACUAAUUAAUACCAAUUUAAUGAGUUUUUCUUCAUUGCACACAUUUCAGUGUAUGAAUGCAUGCACCACUACCAACUUUGUAUACUUCUGGAAAGAUAAUAUGAUAUAUAUGUAGCCUCAUUUCUUGUGGGUGUGAUAUUUAUUUUAACAUUGUUCAAUCGUAAUAUUGACAAUUUAUUGGUCAAGGAUGAGUAUUUGUAUUAUUGUGGUGAUGAUUAGAAAUCUCGCAGUUAUUAAGAAAAUGCAAAAAGGUGCAGAGAAUAAUGGAUGAAUUCCUGGCAACAGAGCGAUGUCAUGUUGCUUUCCUGUAGUCUGAUUUGAUUAUAAGUGGUUUGAAAAUAUUUAUGUAACAAAUAAAUUAUUCAUUUAAAAGUGGAGAUUCAGUUUGAAACUGUUUCCUAUUCCAUUUUGUAAAAAAAUCAGAAUAAAUUAAGUUAUCAGUAAUAAUAAAAACAACACUAUUUCCAUUA